GUACAAUUUUGAAUUCUUCAGCUACUUCAAUUAUCGAAGUAACCAAUCCUAAGUUCAAAUCGCUAAUAAAGUUUUUGUGUAUUCUCUUUGCCCAAAAUAAAGUCAUUGUAGCAACAGUGUUAGACAAUAUCUUAUUGCUCUUCCAACCGUCGCCUUUUUUCGUUCCUCUUUUACAGUACAUCUCCUUUUAACGUGUACAAUAAAAAUGACUAACGAACAGUCUAUUACUCUGUCUCCUUCUGCAGAAAAAAUUGCAGUGAUAACACAUGCUGAUAGCAACCCUCCAGCAAUGAAUACAAUUGAAAAUACUUCAGCGACAGAAAAUAUAUCAUCGUCGGCUGCAACAGCGUCAAUUGAUAAUCAACAAAAAGAGCAAGGGACAACAGCGGUUAACACAGAGAAAACAGAUAGCAAUUCUGAAAUCGAAAAGGAUGAAGUGAACUCUGUUAUAACAAGUGAGGAUGGAACUGCUGCGUUAGCAGGAAUUGGGUUAGAUUUGGUAAUUAAUGCACUACGCUCGACAAUACAACUUCACCAGCAUAAUGAUGAAGCUAGAGAAUUAGAAGAAGGUUGCGAUAUGAAAACGGAGAAGGAAAUAAAUGAGGAAGACCUCAGUACUGCUAACCAAACUUUUGUCGGACUAUCUCAAGAUCAUAGUGUGCACUCUGCCGAAAAUUCUAAUACCAUGAACGAUGCAAUUUUUCAAAAUAAAGAUGAGAAUAAUGAUAGCGAGGAGGAUAGUAAUAGCGAACGCUUCGAAAUUGCAUCUAGUACAACAGAUGUAAGCCAACAAGAUAACAAAAUAUUCGCAGAUAAAGCAGCAGUAUUGAAAGAAUCAACAGAGGUUGCGUUUGAAGAUCUGGUUCCUCCUACUCCUGGUAUUGACCCUCCACACCGACAAAGCAUGCAAUUGCCUAUGAAUGAGCGUCCCAGCGAAGAUAGUGGGGAUAUCGAAACUCAUAGUCAAAAUCUUAUUGCCUUGAAUAAGGUUGAUGUAAAAAAUAUAGAGGAAAAUUCACUUUCGCCAAGACAGCAAGAAAGAGCAGACGAGCCUGUACUGCGUGCUGUGCAUCAUUUGUUCAAUAAUCGUUUCAUGAAAGCGAAAAUAUUAUUUGAAAAACGAGCUGAAAGCGAUCCCUUACAUGCUUUAGGUUUGGGUUCGAUGGCUUUUUUGAAAGCUGUAAUGACAACAGAUGUGGCAGCAACAAAAAAUGCUAUUGAUGUAUUAACUUCGGCCUACAUCAUUGCAAAGGCACAAAUCGACGCUGCUACUAAGAAAACGAUGGGCGAUUCCUUUUAUCAAGCCAUGACUUCCUACUACAACUAUAUUAAAUUUGCCCGUGCGACCAGAGCACUUCCCACAAAUACUGAACCGGCAACAUUGAAAUCAAUUCAGAAGAAAAGAGUUACAUUUAUCUCUAAUGGUGUCUUACGUGCCCAUGUCGCGAAAGCUGAAUGUUGCUUGCAGAUAGCUAUUUUACAAUUGUUGCAAGAGAAUGCCUUAGGAUAUAUUAAAUGCGGUAUGAAUCUAAGAAGAGCUUAUACAAGUUAUAGUAUUGUGUGGCAAGAAUACAAGUGCAUGGGGCAAGUAUAUAAUGAGUUUAUCGAUAGAGAUACAAUUUCUGGUAUCCAAUUCGGAAUUGGUGCAGUGCACUUAGUGCUGUCGGCUCUUCCAAAAAAAGUGCUCCGCAUUGUUUCCGCUUUUGGAUGGAAAGCCGAUAAACAUCUAGGUUUUGCAUUAUUGAAACUAUGCGUCGAAGAGAAACGAAUUCGAUCACCAAUGGCCUCAUUGAUGCUAUUGGCAUAUUAUACAGCAAUGGCAAGUUUAUGUCCGAAUAUUCUAACAGAUGAGUAUACAUUGCCCGCUAUAGAGACUCUAUUGGAUGCCCAACGUGCAUUUCCUAAUUCUGCAUUCUUUCUUUAUUUUGCCGGUCGCUCAUCGCGGCUUGCAAAAAAUUUAAGCUUAUCUACGCAAUCUUUUAGUUACGCAAUUGAAAUUAGCAAGAACGAGUGGGCAGAAGUUGAAGUGAUGCAUAUUUCAAGUUAUGAGUUAGCACUCAAUCAUAUGCUUGAACAACAAUGGGAGGAGGCUGCAAGCCUUUUUGAUAUGCUUUACUUAGAGAAUUAUUGGUCACCUGCUCUUUUCAGGUAUUUGACAGGUGCUUGUGCUGAUAUGGCCGGAAAUCGCACAGAAGCUAUCCUCGCCUACGCAGAAAUACCAGGCUUAAUUGGUUCUUGUAGCAGCACGCAAGGCUCAAGUACCCUUGAAAAAUACAUUCUCCGUAAAGUACAAAACUAUCAAGAAAGCGGUUACCAAGAUUUAGAUAUGACGCUGGGAGCUUUAGAAUAUCUGUAUUUAUUCAUGGGCUUUGAUUUUAUGAGUCAUGAUUCGCUGGAUGAAUCGUUAACAAUCGUAGAUGUGGCGCUCAGAAAGAUAUUAGAGAUUGAACAGCUGGAAUAUGGAAUCCGAACAGUGGAACUCUUACCUGAAACACCACCACCCAAGUAUUUUAAUCAACGUGGUGUUCUACUGUUGAUCAGGUCAUCACUCCUCAACACUCUUGGCCGUUAUAAGGAAGCAAUUGUUCACCUUAAUUGGAUUAUUGAUCAGAAGGAUUUAAUGGACAUUGAUAAAUGGGUCGUGCCAUUUGCUUUUUGGGAAGCUGGUGUUACAGCUUGGGGGCUGAACAAUAAAACACGUAGUCGCUCGCUCUGGAGCUCCGCACUGAAGUUUACCAAGUAUGAUUUUGAGUUCAGGUUGGCCAUGCGUGUUAAUCUGGCCAUGACCAAGGCAGACGAGCUGGCUGUACCAGAACCCGAAGAUGACAACAGAUCGCAUUCUUCUUCUACUAUGGAUAGUCCGGCGGAGAAGGACUCUUCAUACAAUUCAAGGCCUGGGAGUCAAACGUCCAGCAACGAUAACAAUGAUUUUGACUCCUCUGGAAUAACUAAUAAUAACGAUAACCAGAAUAAUUCCGUGUCAAUUCCUAAUGGUACUCAAGAUUAAACACUUGGGACUUACUAUUUUCCCCUGAUACUAAUAUGUAUUAUAUCUAGUGUACGUUAUCUUCUAAUAAAGCCGCUCAAGAUGUAAUUCUGCACUACUAUGGUCGGACGUGUUGAAGAACACAUAAACACAUCUAGCCUCAGCUUGAUAAAUAAAUUGCGUAGAUUAGUCUUUAG